AGAUCUGGCCCACGGAGACUGAGAUGGACACCGAGGCCCGCAGCGAACUGCACAUCGUGGGCUCUGUGAAAGCCCUGGACCUGAGUCCUGGUCUCAAACACACGCUGGCCCAGUUCACCCUCAGCAGCCAGAGCUCCCUCGGUGGCCCAGCCGCGUUCUCGGCCCGAACGGGCCACGAGAGUUCCCCCGUGGGACUGCCGCCCCUGCCCUCCCCGCCUGUUCUGGGCGGAGGCCCUCUUCUGGUUCCCUGCGACAGCUCCACCGAACUCACCCACUCUCUGCUGGAAGGAGAAUCCAUCUCCUGCUUUGUGGUCGGUGGCGAGAAGCGGCUCUGCCUGCCUCAGGUGCUGAACUCGGUACUGCGGGACUUCUCGCUCCAGCAGAUCAACACCGUGUGCGACGAGCUUUACGUCUACUGCUCCCGCUGUGAUGCCGAGCAGCUGCACAUCCUCAAGGUGCUGGGCAUCCUGCCGUUCAACGCUCCGUCUUGCGGCCUCAUCACGCUGACUGAUGCGCAGCGGCUGUGCAACGCUCUGCUGCGUCCCGGUGCCGCCUUCCCCACUGACCCCAGCGGCAAACUGUUAUCCCAGGGCCUGCUGAAGGAGAGCGAGGCCAGCUUCCAGGUGGAGCACCAGUGUCUGGGCAAGUGUCAGGGCCUCUUCGUGCCCCAGUUCUACACCCAACCCGAGGCCCCCUGCAUCCAGUGUGUUGAGUGCCAGCUGCUCUUUUCGCCACAGAAGUUUGUCAUGCAUUCACACAAGUCACCUGAUAAGAGGACCUGCCACUGGGGCUUUGAUUCGGCCAAGUGGCCCUGCUACCUGCAGCUAGCCAGGAAGUACCAAGGGACUCCGGAGGAGCCCAGACUCAAGCAGCUGCUGGACGAGGUCAAAGAGAAGUUCCACUAUCAGCUCAAGAGCUCCCUUGACAAAAAGUCAGGAGAGGAAGAGGAGAGCCAGCUGAGGAAGUCCUCGGUGGAAAUUUGCUCCGCUUCAGACAAGUUAGCCGACACAGAGCCUACGAGAAAGGGGAAACCAUCCCCACCGGCUCUGAUGUUCAACCGUCUUUUUACGGACAUCAAGGAGGAGCCAGGACACCCCACCCUGGUCCAUCCCAGUUACUACUUGUACACAUACGAUAAGAUGGUGGCUCCCAACGUUUCUCUGAGGAGGGAGGCGGAGAUGAGCCCCGACGUGUUCGGCGCGCUGCUCAAGCAUCACUACAGCCGCAGGAUGCUGGGCCACGAAGAGCCACCAAUGGAUCUCCACGCGUCGCCUCCUGUCACGGCCGGCGCCGGGGAGGCCAAAUCCCAGAACGCGGCGGCUGCUGCCUUGGCCACUGAGCGGGAAAGCCAAACCCAGGCAGUUUCCAUGGAGACGAGCAGCCCGUACUGCAAGAAAGCCACCCACAUCCCCUCCCACACUCCUCCUCCGGCAUCUCUUCCUCGGUCUGCGUCGAUGCUAUCGUCGGAAACGGAAGCAGCGUCUAAGGACAUGAGCGCCGCUGACGCCGUGGCGACGGCGGCGGUGGGGGGUGUGGAGGACGACAAGGACAGGAUUGUUGUGGAGAUCAUGCAGAUGUACAGCAGGCAGCAGGAGAAGCUCAACUCCACCCUGCAGAAACAGCUGCAGCUGGAAAUGGAGCUGGAGGCGUUGCGUGGGGGUGAGGCGGCGAGGCUACGGGAGCUGAGCGCGGAGCAGCGGGAGCUCCGCAGCGAGCUGGAGGCGGUGCACAGCGAGCAGGCGCGGCGGCUCGGACAGGCCCGCCAGGAGCAGCUGGAGCUAGAGAGCCGUCUGGAGCAGCUCCGGCAGCAGGCCUGCGCCUGCGAACCCGGGGCCCAGCGGCAGCAGGAGGCCCACUACACCGCUCAGUUGUCGGAGCUGCGGCAGAGGUUGGAGCGGGCCGAGGCCGACCGGCAGGAGCUGCAGGAGGAGCUUCACCGGGAGCGGGAGGCGCGGGAGAAGCUGGAGCACACCAUCGCCCAGCUCAAGCAGCAGAUGGCCCAGUCUGGCAUGAUGGGAGGCAGCCCCUCUCCCCCUCUCACUCCCUCCACUGGACCCCUGAACGCCCACUCCCCACCCUGCUCCUCCUCCAUGGCUGAGGCUCUUGUGGCCGACCUGAAGUAACGGCGACAUUUUCUUCCCGUCACUUGCCAACUCUACAGACACAAACAAUUCAGCCUGACCCUACACAGGCUCCCCUUCUGAUCCCCGUUUUUAAAAGAUACAACAUUACAAGAUUUAUGUUUUCUUUUUUUUUUUUUUUUACAUAUAUAUAUAUUCCCAGUUCUCUCUUUAAACAGUAUUUAAAGACUUUUUGGGCAUGUAUGUUUGAUUUAAUUUAUAGUUUUUAAUAAACUAACAGCUGCUUUAGAGACAGGAAGUUCCAUCACUAUCCUUUCCCACUUGGAUCAUCGUCCUUCUUGCUCCCUGGUUCCUGGAGCUGAACACUCUGGAUUUUGGACUCCACUGUUCCUCGCUGGUGACACUUUAUGUUACUACCUGGCGUGGCCGCCGGUACCUACAGACUUUGUAAACAUGAAGCUCAGAUCCUCAACAAUCAGCGAGUGGAGGAGUUUAAAAUGACAUCUCUCUCUCUAUACAUAUAUAUAAAAAUAUAUAUUUUCUUUUGGACUCCUUAUAAACACAAAUAAAUAUAAUCAUGUUAAAAUAUUAAGUCUUUAUGGAGGAAAAAAGACCUUUACUGUACAAAUGCAGACAUUUGUCAUUCGCAGAUGUUGUAGGACCUCAUGAAAAUAUGCCAGUAAUGACGCUGAUGUUGAAGUGACUGAGUGUGACCUCUCCCCAAAACCCCUCUACACUUCUUGUACUUAGCUAUGAAAUACUACAGCCUGGAGGGAAGAUUGGUUUCCUCUUCACUCAUCCGGCCAGCUGCUGGUCCUCCUCGGUCUGGGCACGGGUCAUUCAGACAUCGAGCUAUGCUAGGUUUUUAAAACAUUCCCUUUUCAAAACUGCUCAAAUUUCUCCGUCAUUUGGUUCCUAUGGUUCAAAUCCCUUCGUGACACCAAAAAAAGUUGUAGUGAUCAGAGUGAACAAAAACAUUACCUCUCCACACUGGUAGCCAACUAACUAACUGAAAGUAGGCUACAACUUUUCAACAGACUAGCCUGGGCUUUCCAAAAGGGCCAAUCAGCAAACAGAAGGAGACGAUGACGUUUUCUGCGCAGGUUUAGUAGUCUACCUUUACCUUUAGCUUCAGCAGGAGAGGAAAUGAACGGAGCCGUUCUGUCCAUGUCGGCCACGUCAUGGCAUCAAACUUUAGGAAUUGGGUACAAUUUAAAACUUCAGCAUAAUCUACCCCUCCAGCUAGCAAUCGUUUGAAAACAACCAAAGGUCCAGACGCUGUGUACUGGUUUUUGGUUUUACAGAACUUGAAAAGUCAUCCUCUGACUAAUUAACUAGAUAUUUUAAAGCUUUUUAUUCACCAGUGAGUCUAUGAAGAGCAGAAUGACAGCAGCUACUAACUUAGCAAGUGUUUAAUUUAGAUUUGUCCUCUAAUCUAUGCAAUAAAACCAAUAUAACAGUAAAUGCAUCUUAUAAAUGAUAAAGCUUCAUGGGAGUUUGCCAGUUUUCUGUUAAAUAUUGAUAAAAAUCCUCAAAUCUCACCACACCCAACCAGGAAAUUCGUUGAAACCGAGUAAAAAAAAUGAAUUAAAGUUGCAUUUCUCGUUUAAUUUAACCCUUUUUUUUUCUAACUAUUAUUAAAACCUUCAACCAGAGGUAUUUUUACUCACCCUUUAUCACACUCUGAUCUUACUCCGGCCCAUCCUGUAGUUUGGGCACAGAUGUUUUUUUUUUUGUUUUUUUUUUCCUCUUCGUUACCAUGACGACGCAUGAAAGAACCCGCAACGUGUUAUGCACACACGGGAGUGUGUCGGUGCGUCGCAGCCAUCCGUGCGGAACGGUGGCCCCUGCGUUCCCAGCAGACGAUCAAAGCUGCGGGCUGUCGCGGCUCUCUGAGCCUCUCUCUUCGUUGUUAGACAUUCUUGUCGUCUAAGAAUGCGGGUCGCAGGUGAAAGCUGGCGGUUCGCUGGAGUUUCGGGUUCCGUUUGCACUUAUUCACGAGCAGCGUGAAGCGGUGGACAUUUAGCACCGAGGCUCGCUAAUGGCAGGCUGGGUGGCCCCGACUUCGAUGGAGCUUUCUCCCCCCCCCCCACCCCCUGUUUGAAGCAGAUGUCGGGGGACCCCUCUGGUGGAUGACCCACAUCCAGAUCAGAUGCCCGGGAGGAAUCCCAUCAUGCCCAGGCUGAAGCGCUUUUUAUCACCACUAUAAAAAGAUCCCUGUGAGCGUCUGUGCGAGUGAGUGCGUGUGUAAAUAACUGUGCAACGGGAUCGUCCUCGGUAUAUAUAAAAGAAAAAACAAAACAAAAAAAAAACUGAGCUUCUUUUUUAUGCAUCUGCUAUUAAUGCAAAUUGAUAAGACAUUCCACUGUGCUCCAUCCUGUUCGAUGCAGAUUUUCUUACACAGCCUCCCUUUACAGAAACGGACCGGAAGGAGCGGACAGAGAGCAGGCGGAACAAAUGUACACUCUACUGUUGUUGCAUUGAAAACAUUUAUUAAGAUGAUGAAAGAAAAAUGUUUAACAUAUAAACGAAAGAUUUAUAUUCACUUUGUAAAUAAGGUAGUCAUUAAUAUAUUAACUGUUCUUAUAUAAAUAAUCUAUAAAAGGUUUUAUGAUUUGGACCACAGCUGAGGCUCCACUGGGCCUAAAUGUUUUGCUUUCGUUUAUUUAAAAAAAAGAAAAAGGACUCUUCUGGAGUGGAUGUGGGGGAAUGAAGUGCAUGGUUUACUCAGACAUCAACUAUAAAACUAAAAAAAAAUAAAAAAUACUUUGUUACACACUUUUACUCCACUUUCAGAACCGACGCUGUUGUUUUUAUGGAUUUUAUCAUGACAGAUUUUUUUUUUUUUUUUUUUUUUGCUAUUUGAACCUUCUCCCUUAAUCUAAAUCAGAAAUUUGUUCAAGAAGACCUUUUGGAGAAAAAACAAAAAGAAGAAAAAAAAAAAGUUUGCAUGUUUUGCUGCCCUCCCAGUUUAUGUCGCCAAGUUACAAUCUGUUUAUUGUUAGAAAAAAAAAAGACUGAAGAUUUCCCUCCUCAGAUUUUUAAAAAGGCUCAUCUGCAUGAAUUAUUGAACAUGUGCAAAGUUUUAUCUCCCUUGUGGUUGAGAGGCUGGCCAGGAUAUGAAGUCACAGUAUGAUCAUAAAGAUUGUAAACUGUAGAAUAAUUUGGUCUGACUAUUUUUCCCCCACAUUGAAAUCAUGUAUUAACCAUUCAGAUGCUAAUCAGUAUUACUUUUAUUCUCCUGUUUGAUUCUGCAGCAGAAAAUUCACCCAAGAUGUAUUUUUUUUUCUACUGUCAGAGGAGUUUGCAUUGUAACCACAAGUGGGCGCUGUUUAGUCUUUUUAAGUGUGCAUCUAUUACUAACCAGUAGGAUGGGAAAAACUCCUUUUAAGAUGACAUGCUGGGCCUUUCUUUGGCUUUUUGCAGCGCUUUGAGAGCUUAGACGUGUUUUGUACAGUUGUGAAUUUUGCCAAACUGAUAAAAAUGAAAAGAAGGAGCCUGGAAAAUGACUGCAGAAGGCUCAGACUGACAGUCGAAGGUGGAAUUUACGCAAAAAUAAGCCUAUAUCUGUUGCUUUCCCAUCAGUGCUGUUUGCAAACAUGAAACGCAGUGUCUGUGUGUGUGACCAUUGAAUACUACGUUGCCAAUACUACAGUGUGAUGAGACUUUUUUGUUCUUGCAUGAAUUAGAGACACUGUUCUCCUACCUCAUGUUGUGAUAUAAGAUGUUUUUUUAAAGCAGAGGACACUGCAUCUCUAACUGUUGAGCAUCAUUAAUAAAUGACAUACCUGUAAAUGCUUUUAGCCGAUACCUCGGUUGUAUUUAGUGGGGUUUUUUUUUUUGUUUAUUUCUGGAUUUUUUUUCCCCCUCUUUCUUCCCUGAUUUCAGAACCUGUAAAUAAAUUCUGUAUAGACGAUGAACUUGGAUCAAAUUCAAGUAAAGUUCUGUAGUGUCAAAACAA